CUCACAUGGCUAAGAAAUUUCCAAAGAUGGAGCCUUUGAAUAUUCAAUUAUCUGAGUUUUCUAAAGAGAGUAUUGUGAGAAAGCUUCAUGCACAUUCUUUUCUUCCAACAUACAACCACAAUGAAACCCCAAAUUAUUCCCAUCUUGGCGGAGGAGGCUCCGAAUUUCCGAAUCUGCCCCUGUUCGCGCACGCUCCAUCGCCUGGGGCAGCGGGGGUAGAUUUGUCUUUUCAGGAAAACCCUUACUUCCCCGCGGCGGAAGGUGAUCACCAAAGCCGGCAGACGUGGCUGAAGAUGAAGACGCAGCCGAUGAAGCGGGCGGCGGGGGCGGGGAAGCUGUUCAGGGGGGUGAGGCAGCGGCACUGGGGGAAGUGGGUGGCGGAGAUACGGCUGCCGCGGAACCGGACGAGGGUGUGGCUGGGGACGUUCGACACGGCGGAGGAGGCGGCGUUCGCGUACGACACGGCGGCGUACCUGCUGAGGGGGGACUACGCGCACCUCAACUUCCCGCACAUGAAGCACAAGAUCAGGGCGAACUCGCUGUGCGGCAGCACGGUGGCGCUGCUGGAGGCGAAGCUGAAGGCGGUGGCGCAGGCGAAGAAGGAGGCGGGAGGGUCGUCGUCUUCGUCGGAGGAGGUGAUUGGGAAGGAGGUGGCUGAGGUGGAGAAGAGCAGCAGCAGCGUCGUGGAAGCGAUUGGGAUUGGGGGUGGAGAAGGUGAUGCGGUUCAUCAAUUGAGCAGAGUGCCUUCUUUGGAUAUGGAUAUGAUUUGGGAUGCUUUGUUAGUCUCAGAUUUAUGAGAUUAGUAUAAAGUUUUUAUUUUUAUUUUUUUGUGUUUUUUUUGGGGAUGUAUAAGGGAUUCUCUAUGCAAUGUUAUUGAUAAUUUCUUGAUGAUGUUGAGUAA